AUGACAAAAACCCGGGCAGACGAGGCCGUCGGCUGUUCUAGAUCUCCCUUGUGGAGCAUGGUAUUCAACGCUGCUCUCAACGAACGGAUUAACAACCACCAGUACACAGGAUCUGGUACUAAAGAUGAACCAUACGUUGUUUGCUGGUUUGCCGAUGACCCGCACAAUCCACUCAACUUUAGCAGAGCCUCAAAAUGGACCAUCACAGUCAUCGUUUCGCUUUCAGCUAUGGUCGUCGCUCUUGUAUCCUCAGCCUACACCGGUGGAAUGGUUGAGUUGGCUCAAGAUUUUAAUACAAGCCAGGAGCUUGCAUUGGUUGGUGUCUCGAUGUUCGUUGUCGGUUUUGCUGUUGGGCCUCUACUCUGGGCGCCGCUUAGUGAAACCUAUGGCCGUCGUCCUUUACUCCUUCUCAACGCCAUCGCGUUGACGGCUUUAACAGCCGGUGUAGCAGUCUCUCCAAAUAUUGAGUCUGUCAUUGCUCUUCGCUUCCUGGGUGGCAGCUUUGGAUCGGCGCCUCUAGCCAUAGCAGGAGGAGUGAUUGUUGACUUGUUUCCAGCCGUUGAAAGAGGGCUUGCAGCUGGCUUGUAUGGAGCCGCACCCUUUAUAGGACCAGCUCUAGGGCCGAUUAUUGGAGGCUAUCUUUCCCAAUCAAAAGGGUGGCGCGCGGUUGAAUGGCUUUUGACUGGACUCUCAGGCACCAUGUUGUUAGUCAUGUACCUGUUCUUACCUGAGACCUACGCACCUGCUCUUCUAGCCAAGCGGGCUGAACUAUUAUCAAGAACUACCGGUCAGAUCUACCGGAGUGGUCUGGACUUGAGCCAAAAGAAGAUUCCUAUGAGCAAGAAACUCGGCAUCGCCUUAUCACGACCUUGGAUUCUCUUGUUUCGUGAGCCAAUCGUGCUACUCUUAUCUUUGUAUCUCGCCAUCAUAUAUGGUACACUCUAUAUGCUCUUUGCCGCCUACCCAAUAGUCUUCGAGAUUGGGCGUGGAUGGGAUGAGGGUACAACAGGCCUUACGUUUAUCGGUGUGAUGGUGGGAAUUUUGAUUGGCACCGCAUACACUAUCCCAAUGUACUUCCAGUACAGAAAGAAGACGCUGGAAUCAAGUGUUCCACUGCUACCGGAAGCUCGCUUACCCGACGGGUAUUUGGGUGCAGUCGCUCUACCCGUUGGUCUUUUCAUGUUUGCAUGGACAAACUCCCCCUCGAUCCAUUGGGCUGUUCCAGUUAUAGCAGGUAUGCCAUUUGGGUUUGGCAUGCUUACAGUGUUCUUAGCUGUUUUGAACUAUCUUGUCGACGCAUAUACCAUCUAUGCAGCCUCAGCCAUGGCAUCAACUUCCGUUUUGCGCUGUAUCUUUGGGGCAGCCUUCCCACUCUUCACAGGCGAAAUGUAUAAGAAAUUAGGACUCCACUGGGCCGCGUCAAUACCGGCCUUUCUCGCUUUGGCAUGUCUGCCUAUGCCACUUUUGCUGCACAGAUAUGGCCCCUGGAUCCGGGAGCGCUGUCACUAUGCGGCCGAUGCUAGUGCUACUAUGAAACGAUAUAGAGAAAUGAUGAUGCUAGAGGCUGAAGCUAGUCGACAGGAGCAAGCGACCCGAUCGGGGCGAACAUCGGAGGAAAAAGGACCCACAGUUAAUCACAUUCAGCAAUGA